AUGUCUCACAACCAUUCCCAACACAAUAGCUCUAUGAUGACAAUAUCGCCAUCCAUGAGCCACAAAAGAGCAGUUUUGACACCCAAUAACUCUUCAAAGGUAACUGGUCGACCAAUGGGCAAUAACGGUGGAAGUGUUUCUAACAAGGCCUUCUCAACACCUAAGUUUGAUCCAAACAACGGAUUUAACCCAGAAAUUGACGAAGGUGUCUCCUUCUUAGGCACUAGUGGCGGCGUGGCCGGUGCUCCAGGAGUUUCUACAACCAAAAAACCGCUCAGCUUGGCUGAUAAACUAAGACUGUGGAGGCAUGAUGCUUUAAUGCAACAUCAUUAUAACACUGCUCAGUAUAUUGGGGACAAAGUAUUGUCCAUAACGAAUGACCCAAAUGAUGCAUUCUGGUUAGCACAGGUCCACUAUCAACAAGGAAGUUUUCUUACGGCAAGAAACCUGUUGAGAGGAGAUCAGUUUGAAGACAGUUUAUCAUGCAAAUAUCUUUGUGGAUUAUGUCUAAUAGCACUGGAGGAAUGGGAUGAAGCACUAGAUGUUGUCGGAGAGUUUAACCCCUACAAGAUGGACGAGGAUGUUACAGAUGCAGUAGAUUUUGAAGAUGUGGACAUUGAUAACUAUACCGAUGGAGGAAUUAAACUCGAGGCUUCUAUGUGCUAUUUGCGGGGCAAAAUCUAUAUGAAUAUGAAUAACUUUGAUAGAGCUAAGGAUUGUUUCAGGGAAGCUGUUUUGGCAGAUUUCAAAUGCUACGAAGCAUUUGAUGAGCUAAUUACUAAUAAUUAUUUAAGCCCCCAGGAUGAAUGGGAGUUGUUGGAGCAAAUUAACUUUGAUCAGGCUGAUGAGUUAGUGAAGUUGCUAUAUUCAACUAGAUUGAACAAACUGGCUCAUUCUUCCAAAUUCUUAGAAAAUGAACAAAAACUGCAGGAUGAAUACAAUUUGAAAGGAAAUAAUGAUUUGAAUUUAGCAAAGGCUGAACUACUGUUCUUGCAGUGCAAGUUCGAUACAUGUUUAACAGUAUGCGAGACGAUUUUGAAGGACAACCAAUUCAGCUUCAACACUCUACCACUAUAUUUAAGUUGUCUUUAUGAAUUGGACGCAAAAAACAAACUGUUUUUGGUAUCCCAUCAAUUAGCAGAAUAUCACCCUAAUCACUACAUCACUUGGCUAAGCAUCGGAAUAUACUAUAUUUCCAUCAAAAAAAUUAACGAAUCAAGAAUAUUCUUUAGCAAAUCUACCAUGUUGGCGCCUAAUUUUGCUCCAGCUUGGAUAGGGUUUGCUCAUACGUUUGCCAUUGAAGGCGAACAUGAACAAGCUAUUAGUGCUUAUUCCACAGCCGUCCGACUUUUCCCAGGAUCCUACCUUCCAUACUUGUUCUUGGGAAUGCAGUACCUACAAAUGAAUAACUUAACUCUUGCAUAUGAAUAUCUCAGUAAUUCCAUGCUGAUAUGUGAUAGGGAUCCAUUGUUGCUCAAUGAGCUUGGAAUCAUUUACUACCACCGAGGAGAGCUUUCUAAAGCUGAACACAUGUUUAAUCGCUCGUUAGAGCAAGCACAUAACCUGAAAAUUGAUUCCAAACUGUAUUACUCAAUCUACUCAAACUUAGCACAUGUGAACCGUAAGCUGGGCAACUUUCAAACGGCACUUGAGUAUUUUGAGAACGUUCGAAAGAUCGAUAGUAAAGACUCCAACAUCUAUGCGUCGAUGGGACUAAUUUAUCUCAAGAUGAACAAGAUAGAUCAAGCGAUACAGACCUUACACAUAGCAUUGUCUAUAUCUCCAAAUGAUACCAUUUCUUCAGAACUACUCAACAAAGCGUUAAGUCUGAACAUGACUAUAGGAUAUGAAAACCUGUUAAACCAAGAUGUAGACGCUUUGGUUCGAAGAUUGCAUGAAGGGAGUGAUGAAGAAGACGAAGGAUUUGCAGAUGAUUAA